ACAAAGGGCCGAGCAGGUCCCAGGCAGUCCCGGGCCGGGGGCUGGGACAUUGCAGGGCGCUGCUACCUCCCUCCGCUGGGAGCCAGGGCUGAGCAGCGGCUGCUCCCACGGGGCUGUGCCCCCGGGAGACCUUCGGUGCAGCUGCUUCUGCGCCCGGACAGAGGGGGCUUCCUCUGCGGGGCUGGGACUAGCCCCCGGGCCCGGCUCUGCCGGCAUCAACUCCGGGCCGGAGACCCAGACUGCAGAAUAACAUCCACAUUUUGCUCCGGAUCGUCUCAUCCUCCCAGGGGAAAGGAAAUGGCGUCAGUGGAGCCAGCUCAGGGGCCGGUGACCUUUGAGGAGCUGGCUGUGUACUUCACGGAGGGGGAAUGGGCUCUGCUAGACCCUGUUCAGAGAGCCCUCUACCGGGAGGUCAUGCAGGAGAACUAUGCCACUGUGGCCUCAUUGGGGUUUUCAGUUUCCAAACCUGAUGUGAUCUCCCAGCUGGAACAAGGGGAAGAGCUGUGGGUCCAAGAUCUCCAGGGCUCUGAGGAAAGAGAGCUCCAGAAAGGUGCCCAGACAGGAGAUGGGAUGCUGAGUGAGAAUGAGGAGAAGAGUCCCCACCAGGAAGAUGCUGAGCAAGUAGAACCACAUGGGACAUUAGCAAGAAGAUCCAAAGGGAAAGUUUCUUGGAGUUGUGCAGAGGCAAAAGCCUGUGAGAGUCAGCAUAGGCCAGAGAAAAGCUUCUGUAGUGGCUCAGAUGUUAUGAGACAUGAAAGAAUGAACAUGGGAGAGAGACCCUACGCAUGCCUUGAGUGUGGAAAAAGUUUUAGUCAAAGCUCAAACCUCAUCACGCAUCAGAUAAUCCACACAGGAGAGCGGCUCUACAUGUGCUCUGAGUGCAGGAAAAGUUUCAGUCGGCGCUCGGACCUGAUCAAACAUCAGAGAGUCCAUACAGGAGAGCGACCCUACACGUGCUCUGAGUGUGGGAAAAGCUUCAGCCAGAGCUCAAGCCUCAACAAACAUCAGAGAAUCCACACAGGAGAGCGUUUCUACAUGUGCCUUGAGUGCAGGAAAAGCUUUAUAAACAGAUCACACCUUCUCGCACAUCAGAGAAUCCAUACAGGAGAGCGACCCUACACGUGCUCAGAGUGUGGGAACAGCUUCAAACUCCGCUCUCACCUCAUCACACAUCUGAGAGUCCACACAGGAGAGCGACCCUACACCUGCCUUCAGUGCGGGAAAAGCUUCAGCCAAAGGUCACAGCUUACCACACAUUGGAGAAUCCACACGGGAGAGCGACCCUACACAUGCUCUGAGUGCGGGAAAAGCUUCAAACACAAGUCACACAUGUUGGCACAUCAAAGAAUCCACACUGGGGAGACACCCUACACAUGCUCUGAGUGUGGGAAAAGAUUUAGUGGGAGCUCAACAUUCAGCAUACAUCAGAGAAUCCACACGGGCGAGAGACCCUACUCGUGCGCUGAGUGUGGGAAAAGCUUUUGUUGGAGCUCAGCUUUUAUCAAACAUAAGAAAAUCCACACAGGGAGUGACCUAUGUCUGGAUUCUCUCUCUAUCCUUCCAGGAGAUGGAAUGCUGAGUGAGAACGAGGAGAAGAGUCCCCACCUGGAAGAUGCUGAGCAAGUAGAACCACAUGGGACAUUAGCAGGAAGAUCCAAAGGGAAAGUUUCUUGGAGUUGUGCAGAGGCAAAAGCCUGUGAGAGUCAGCAAAGGCCAGAGAAAAGCUACAGUGGCAGCUCAGAUGUUAUUAGACAUGAAAGAAUGAACAUGGGACCGAGACCUUACAAAUGCCUAGAGUGCGGGAAAAGCUUCAGAUUGAGCACACACCUUAUCGCACAUCAGAUAAUCCACACAGGAGAGCGACCCUACACGUGCUCUGAGUGUGGGAAAAGCUUCAGUCGGCGCUCGGACCUGAUCAAACAUCAGCGAGUCCACACAGGAGAGCGACCCUAUAAAUGCUCUGAGUGUGGGAAAAGCUUCAGCCAGAGCUCAACCCUCAGCAAACAUCAGAGAAUCCACAUGCGAGAGAGAUCCUUCACAUGCCCCUGAGUGCGGGAAAAGUUUUAGAAAGGACUCAGCUUUUAUGAGACAUAAGAGAACCCACACAGGCGAGUAAUGCCAUAAAUGUCUUGACUAGGGCUGGCCAAAGCUUUUUUGUAAAAUACAUUAGCUAAUUCCCACAUCAUUUGCACCAUUUUCUUCAGUGUGGUCUCUCAGCUCCAUGUGAGUUGCCUGCCUCUGUCUUUCACACCUCCCCCUUCUUUGUGGUGAAUCCCAUGUUUAAGGCUAUGAUUUAGUCAUGAAUAUUUUUACUAACAGUUAUGGACAGGUCAUGAGCAAUAAACAAAAAUUCCUGGCCUGUGUCAUGCCCUUGAUUUGUAUAAAUACCCCUGACUAAAUCUUAGGUGCUGGGGGAGGGGCUCCAGAGCGCUGCAGGUGCUGGUGGGGGGUGGGCCUCCAGGGCACUGCAGGUGCUGAUGGGGAGGGCCUCCGGGGCGGUGCAGGUGCUGGGAAAGGGGCCUCCGGGGCACUGCAGGUGCUGGUGAGGGGGGCCUCCAGGGCGCUGCAGGUGUUGGGGAAGGGGCCUCCGGGGCACUGCAGGUGCUGGUGGAGGGGGCCUGCGGGGCACUGCAGGUGCUGGGGGGGGAGCUCCAGCCCAGGGCCCUGUUGCUGCUGCUGCUGCUGCUUGGGGGAGGGAGUGGCCCAGGCCCCACUGCUGCUGCUCCAGUGGCCCAAGAGCCAGCAGCAGCUGGUGCAGCUUAGGCAGCCCCAGGAUCAGCCGCACCAGCUGCUGCAGAAGUCAUGGGAGGUCACGGAAAGUGAUGUAAUCUGUGACUUCCGUGAGCUCUGUGAAAGACUCAUAGCCUUAUCUUUAUCCUUUAUCAACUCCUUUGUCUUAUAAGUCCUGGGAGCAUGCCCUUCUCCUGCCAGAAAUAUCCAUCAGCACCAGGCGAGGGAGAUGGGGUUGACCUUGACUAGCUACACUGAGGUAAAAACGGCCUGUGCUUUGUCUCCACUGGGAUUUUGCAUGGACAUAAUGGCUCAUUUUAGCGAUCUUGUUGUAACAACACAACUACAUUUGCAGUGCAGACAUAACCCGGGUACAGUGGCUGGAGUUAGCUUUCCCCUUGACCUGAGCUCACAUCCAUCAUUUUUCCUAGUCUAGACAAACUCCGAGCAUCACGUUGAUACCAUUCCCCCGUUACAAAGUGAUUGCUAGUCACCGAGUUCCGUAUUGGGGACAGAUUGUCUCAAUCCCACUUGUUCUCACCUUGCUCAGGGUUGUGCUGGACACAAAUAUUUUUUCUACCAUUUUCCUCAUUUAAAAUAGAUUGAAAUAGAACAAAGAGCAGGAGCAGGGCAGGAAAAAUGUGUCAUUUCAGCCUCUGUGACACCCAAAGGAGAUGGGGUGAGUCAAAGGGAUUCCCUCCUUCCCCAUCACUGUCACAAUCCCCCCUUGCCCCAGCAGCAUUAGCUUCUGUGUAAGGCACAAUAAUGUUUAUCCUCCCCAUGUUCUACCCCUGCACCUCCCAGUGUGUCAUGUGACGCCAUGUUCUGAGCGCUUUCUAUGCUUAGGUAUCACACACUGAUCUUAAAUCCGACUCACUGCGGCUAGAUGUGAAAGUGUCAGACCUGGAAGUGGGAUUUGAAUGGAUUCCAAACACAGAGUAGUCAUUCUGUGCUUUCAUCUCUGCUUCCAUCUAUUGGCAAAGCUGCCUCUGGCCUUUUUCCUGCUGAGCUGGGAUUGUUUGCAGAUGGAAAGUUUGGCUGCUUUUCCACCUUGUGAUGAAGCUAAAUCUUUUGUACAUAACAUGACUCAAUAAUAAUGAAGUGGCACAGAGUGAAGAGAGUUUGAAUGGAUCAGGGGAGAUGGGAGAAUGUAUUUUGAUUUUGAAUUAUCAGCUAUAUCCUGCUCUGGAAUUUCAUUUUAUAUGAAGCUGAAAGUGUCUUCUACUCCUCUGUGUUGUGGGUUUUUCCUCUCUUUUCUUAAGGAAGAUUGGUCUCAUAAAUGGAUAUUACUUUUAUUUGACAGAAUGUACCUCAGAUUUACAGGAGAAGCCAGCGGGUAUAUCUACACUGUAAUGUAAUCCCAGGCUUAGUGGGACUUGAGUCUGACCUUUGUGAAGAAAUCCUGGGUGUGUUAGACUUUUCUAACCUGUGCUGCAACCUAGGGCUCUGGUGUCCACACAGCAGUGCGCAGACCCGAGUCAAAGUACCCGCAUCCCAUACUCCCUUGUGUUCCCCCGACCCCCCAAAUGUGGCCGCUCUAGUUCCAGGACUGUGGUGCACUUUGCGAAAAUUUACCACCCACCCUGCAUGUUACCAGGAAGCAGCUCGCUUUGCCAAAGGCUUGAUGGGUUCGCUCUCCUUUGCACGCCCAGGAGACUCUCUGAUAGUGUGCUUACAGAUCAGUUGUCAGAAGCGAAUGGGUUAAUGCUGACCUGAGCAGCUGCCAUUUGCAAAGGGGGGAAGGCUUCUGUUUUCAGUAGAGUGGAUUGCAGAUUGUUGGGGGAGAGAGGACUAAGGAAUUUGUCCCAUGGAAUUGUGGGAUACUUCCAGCUGACUCCUGUGACCCCAGUCAAGCGGGGCUGCAUCUACACUGCAAAGCAAUGGGGCUCAGACCCUGGAUCUCAGCUUAACUUGCGCUUGGGCCCUCCAGCCUUGCAGGGUCCUGGGACCCUGGGUCUGAGCCCUGGGUUAGCACAAUUGCAGUGUAGAUGCAAAAGGGCUUAGGCUUGAGUCUGGGCUCAAUCACGGUCUUAUGCUGCAGUAUAGACACACCCCAGAGACAAAUGAACUCUUAGAAAUGGAAGGCACCUGUGUUAGUGGAGAACAGAGCAUUACACAGGGCUCAUUGGUGGAAAUGAGGAUUGAGAGAAAACUAAUCAAUAUGAUAAGAUUUUGUAAUCUUUGAAUACGUUGUUGUUGUUACCAGUGAUAAUGGAAUUAAACAUGAUGUUAAUCAUUAUAGAAUAAGAGACUGAUUAUGUGAUAACUGGAAUUCUAUUGUAAGACUGCAAAUUAUAUUGUUUUUUAUUUA